CGGAUGCGAACUGGCGUCUCCGGAACCCGUGGCCUUUGCAGGGUGUGUGGAGGAGCGGGCUGAGAAGCGGAGAUUGCGUCUCCGUGGUGGGCGCAAGUGUAACCGGACACGGACUUGCGCUGCAAUUAGGGUUUGUGCCUCGGCCGCGCUGGAGGAGAGGCCUCCCGGCAACGCGGGGAAAGCAUGGCUUAAGAAUGGCUUUUGGACGUCCGCGGGGCACUGGCCAGGGGCAGUCAUUUGGCCUACAGGUUAAGACACCUACAUUCCAUACCAGAAUAAUUGGGUUUGCUACGCCUUGCCACUCCUGACUCCAAAUUCCUCCUAAUACAGGCUUCGGAAGACGGUGGUAGUGGCUCAAACUGUGAAUCAAGGUUGAGAACAAGAAAUUAUUUCUGAAAAAGGAUAUUUAUGGAAUAGCAUCAUCCUGAUGGGAGAUAAUGGAAAGACUUACAAAGCACAUCAUUGAGUGUUCAAGUUUCAGAGGUGAUUGGGAAUGGAAAAGCCAGUUUGAGAGAAAAGAGCUAUCUCGGGAAGGACAUUUCAGACAUCCUGAAGACAUGCCCACUUUCAGUACCAAGGAUCAGACAAUUCACACUGAUGAGAAACUCUUUGAAUGUAAGGAAUGUGGGAAGGAUUUUACUUUUCUAUCAGUCCUUAUUCGACAUCAGCGAAUUCAUACUGGUGAGAAACCUUAUGAGUGUAAAGACUGUGGCAAGGCCUUUGGUAGUGGUGCAAACCUCGCUUACCAUCAAAGAAUACAUACUGGUGAGAAACCUUACGAGUGUAAGGAUUGUGGGAAAACUUUUGGCAGUGGUUCAAACCUUAGUCACCAUCAAAGAAUCCAUACCGGUGAGAAACCAUAUGCAUGUAAGGAAUGUGGGAAGGCUUUUAGUUUUGGAUCAGGCCUUAUUCGACAUCAGAUAAUUCACAGUGGUGAAAAGCCUUAUGAGUGUAAGGAAUGUGGGAGGUCAUUUAAUUUUGAAUCAGCCCUUACUCGGCAUCAAAGGAUUCACACAGGUGAGAAACCUUAUGAAUGUAAGGAUUGUGGGAAAACUUUUAGCAGUGGUUCAAACCUUACUCAGCAUCGGAGGAUUCAUACUGGUGAGAAACCUUAUGAAUGUAAAUCAUGUGGAAUGGCUUUUAGUAGUGGUUCAGCUCUUACUAGGCACCGGAGAACUCAUACCGGUGAGAAACCAUAUGUAUGUAAUGAAUGUGGGAAGACCUUUAGUUUUGGAUCAGCCCUAACUCGUCAUCAAAGAAUUCACACUGGUGAGAAACCUUAUGUAUGUAAGGAAUGUGGGAAAGCUUUCAACAGUGGCUCAGACCUCACUCAGCAUCAGAGAGUUCACACAGGUGAGAAACCCUAUGAGUGUAAGGAAUGUGGGAAAGCCUUUAGAAGUGGUUCAAAACUUAUUCAGCAUCAAAGAGUGCAUACUGGGGAGAAACCCUAUGAAUGUAAGGAGUGUGGCAAGACCUUUGGUAGUAGUUCAGAGCUUUCUCAGCAUCAGAGAAUUCACACUGGGGAGAAACCCUAUGCAUGUAAGGAGUGUGGGAAGACCUUUGGAAGUGGCUCAAAGCUUAUUCAGCAUCAGCUAAUUCAUACUGAUGAGAAACCCUAUGAAUGUAAAGAAUGUGGAAAGUCCUUCAAUAGUGGAUCAGCUCUUAACAGGCACCAGAGAAACACUGGUGAGAGACUUUUUGAAUGUAAGGAAUGUGGGAAAGCUUUUCAUGGUGGCUGGAGCCUUACUCAGCAUCAGAGAAUUCAUAACGGUGCAAAACGUUAUGAAUAUAAGGAAUGUGGGAAGGCUUUUCAGAGGGGUUCAGAAUUUCAGCAGCAUAAGAAAAAUCCUAGUGGUGAGAAACUGUGAACUGGAAACUUAUGAAUUGAAAUUAUAUGGUAAAGAAAGGACUUUCAACACAUGACAAAAGAAAAUUCAAACCAAUGAAAAUCAUGUCAAAUGUAAUUAAAGCACAAAUGCCUUACGUGUGUUUCAUAAGCUCAUCAGCCUAAGGGAGUUCAUAUAGAGAAAGAAAAAUCAAGAUUAUUCUGAAUAAAAUAAAUGUUUUAAGAUCUUUAGCUACACUCUUUUGUUACUUUCAAAAAAUUCUUACUCAUGAAUGUUAAAAAUUUAAACAACACACUUAAUGUAUUUUUUCUUUAUUUUAAACAUCAAAAGAUUAAUUUCGUGUUAGCCCUGCUACUUUAAAUUUUAAAUAUUUAUGUAUUAUUGAAAAUUACUGAUCCAUCUCAAAAUGAUUUUAUUUAUUGAAAGUCUAAGUUUAGCAUUUCCCUCCCCUAGACCUUAUCCUAACACUGUUCAUUGUUCAAUAACUCUGUCUACUUUAAUAUUUCUUAUUGGCUAUUUGAUGCUGUUAUAUUUUUGUUCGUAUGAGGCUUGGAUAUCAGAUCAGUGGUUUUUAAAUUUGCACAUGCUCCUAUUGCUGUCUCACACUGUUUAUAGUAGGUAACUGUUACUUUAAUUAUCUAUCAUUAUCUGAUGAAUCUGAACCUUUUGGAAGACUUUUACUUUCCUUUUAUAAAUAUUAUACUCUUCAUUUUUCAAAACAACUUCCCCUCCAUAAAAUGUAAAUAAGAACAUCAAAAUAGAUAUGGUUAUGUAUAGCUUUCUCAAUCAUGGAUUAUCACUGUCAAACUUGGAGCAAACCCUUUAAGACUUUAUCUCAUUGUUUUUGAAACAAAGUGUGAUUAUGAUAUACUAUAACCAGCCUUUGAUAUUCUUUUUCUGUAAAUCAUUGUUACUAUUUUAUUGGCUUUAUAGUAUCCACCUGCUUGUCAAAUAUUGAAAAUUUUGCCAUUAUAAACGUUUACACUAAUGUGUGUGCAUUGUUUAUUUAUCCUUCAUUUCAGAGAUAAUGUGUGGAUUUCUUUUACUUAUAAAAGAUUUAUACAUUAUGGAUUCAGCUGUACUUCUUUUUGACCAACAGCCCUGACCUCACUUUCUCCACUAUGUUAACCAACUCACUCUAACCAGAUCCUUUUAUAUGCAUAUGUGAUGCACAUAUGGUAAUGUGGGCAUAAUUAGAGUACUUCAGAGGUUUGUUAUGGACUUUAUAACUGUGCCUGUUAUAUAAUAAAUGCUUCAUAAAUAUUA